AUGAGGCCACCGCCUCCGAUCCCUGCAAAACCCGGGCAGGACUGGUAUGUAGCAACAACAUCCGCUAAUCGCGCAAGUGUUGAACAAAGCACGGAAAAAUUAGAAAAUGCAUUACACGACGCUGCGAAACGAGGAAAUAUUGAAUUUUUACAACAAGCACUUGCAAACAAGGCAUCAGUAAUUGGUUUAGAUAAAGCGGGAAACACUCCACUUCAUUGGGGUGCUUACGGUGGAUACGUUGAAUGUUUAAAAUUGCUAUUACCGUUAUCGGCCUCAAUAAUUAAUCAGAGGAAUAAUGUGGGUGAUACACCACUUCAUCUAGCUUGCUGGAAAAAUCAUGCUCCUAUCGUUCAGAUGUUAUUAGACAGCAGAGCUGACAAAAAUAUUCGGAAUCAAGAUGGUAAACUACCUAUUGAUUUGACGCAUGAUUCAGAUGUUCGAUCCAUUCUUGAAGAUAAAGUCAUUUUUUCUAAUUUUAAACAACGUGAUGUAGAAAAUGAUGAUGAAGAUUCAGAUUAA